CGGGCCAUUGGAUCCCAUGACCGCCCGCGGAAACGGAGCUCUUUUUCCUCGACCCUUCCGGGCAAUUCCCGUAACCAGGGGCGCCACCAAUCUAGCCCCCGCCCACCGGUAACCUCACCUCCCACCUCGAAACCCGGAGCCCAAAUUACACGGAAAAACGUUAAAAACGGUGGGUGCCGUCCCCGAGCGGGACGCGUACCAUCAGCCUCCUCCAGUCCUCCUCCGCCUCUUUCACUCCCCUCCCCCCUCUUCCAAUCCAUCCCCGUCUCCCCUCUCAUAAUUUCUUUCCCAAUCCCUAGAUCUUUGAUCCCUCCCUCACCAAAGAACCAUCGUUUAGGCUCCAUCAUGGGCUCGGAGAUCCUUCCCUGCUCCGCCGCCGUCGCGGAUCUCGCCGGCGAAGGGCCCCCGUCAUUCAGGAUCUUUAUAGGGUACGACCCUCGGGAGGACGCGGCCUUCGAGGUGUGCCGCCACUCCCUCCUGAAGCGCUCCUCGGUUCCGCUCGAGAUCCACCCCAUCAAGCAGUCGGAGCUCCGGGCUGCCGGGCUCUUCUGGCGCGAGCGCGGCCCCACCGAGAGCACCGAGUUCUCCUUCACCCGUUUCCUCACCCCCCACCUCGCCGGAUUCCAGGGGUGGGCCAUGUUCGUCGACUGCGACUUCCUCUACCUCGCCGACAUCAAGGAAUUGAUCGCCCUGAUCGACGACAGGUACGCGAUCAUGUGCGUCCAUCAUGAGUACGCCCCCAAGGAGACGACCAAGAUGGACGGCGCCGUCCAGACGGUGUACCCGCGCAAGAACUGGUCGUCCAUGGUGCUUUACAACUGCGGCCACCCCAAGAACCGGGCGGCGCUCACCCCGGAGGCCGUCAGCACCCAAACCGGGGCCUUCCUCCACCGCUUCACGUGGCUCGACGACGCCGAGAUCGGCGAGAUCCCCUUCGUCUGGAACUUCCUCGUCGGCCACAACAACGUCGAUCCCAACGACCCCACCACGUUCCCGAAGGCGAUCCAUUACACCACGGGCGGGCCGUGGUUUGAGAGGUACAAGGAUUGCGAGUUCGCCGAGCUCUGGCUCGAGGAGCUGGAGGAGUUGAACAAGGAAAAUACGAAAAUAGCCGCUGCUUAGGUUGUUGCCAUUGACAUGCUGUUGCCUUUUGGAUGGUGUUUAGCUUCCAGUCUAUUGCUUCUUUGAGCUUCUCUUUGCCCCCUGUUUCAUCCGAUUGCAUGUCCGGGGCCCCUUCUGGUUCUCCAACUUUUUGGUUUUACAUUUAUUUUGCCUAUUGAUUUCUACCUCUAUAUUUAGCUUUGUCUGUUCAUUUUGUAUAUUGAGGUUGAAAACUAGAGGAAUAGAAACCACAGCUGUCAUUAUGUAAAAAUAUUCUCAUUUGAUGAAAU